AUGUCCCAGAAUUCCCGAGCCACUGGAGGCGCCGAGUCUGACGCCGACUCUGUGCUUAACAGAGCUAUGGUCCUCAUGGAGGAGGCCGAAGAGCUUGAAGAGCUCGAGCUGCCUCCUCCGGCUAUGGGAUCAGACGUUCAACAAGGGGAGCGCAUGUCAUCACAGUGGAGGAAGGACACUCUCGGACGAAUCCUGGGCCGCCUGCGAGUCACAACUUCUGAUCUCAACCACGCUCUCAAGCAUCCAGAAAGCCUCCGCCUGCUCAGUGGGAAAAACCGAUUAGAAUACCCUGAGAGCGAACGGGCGGAGCUUGAGGACAGGGUAGAAGUUCUCAAGUUGGCAUGUCACAUGGUCAGAGACGAUGUCAAGGAGUUGAUUGAGCUUUACGUUCCAGGGAAAGAUUCGCCUAACAUCGCGGAGGUUAUUGAGACGCUCAAGAGACAGAUUGCGGUGCUUGAGGGUGUCCUUGCGCGCUUCUAG